AUGGGGAGAACCAAGAGUGGGACCAAGAACUGCCCCAGUGGGGAGAACUGCCGACAGAUGUGGGCGUGCAGAGGGGCAAGGGCGGGGUUAUGUCCUCGGCGUAGACGGAAGGGCGGGCGAGCCCACCAGCAUGGUGUGCGCGCAGAGGCGGGGCCAGGGCCCACCCGAGCCACAACCACGUCCGCCCCGCCCCCAGGGGUGAUCUUUGCCCGCUAUGGGCGCGCCUGGCGGGAGCAGCGGCGCUUCUGCGUGUCCACCCUGCGCAACUUCGGCAUGGGCAAGAAGUCCCUGGAGCAGUGGGUGACCGAGGAGGCCUCGUGCCUCUGUGCCGCCUUCGCAGACCAGGCCGGACGGCCCUUUAACCCCAACGCCCUGCUGAAUAAAGCUGUGGGCAACGUGAUUGCCUCCCUGACCUUUGGGCGCCGCUUCGAGUACAACGACCCGUGCUUCAUCAAGCUAUUUGACCUCGUGGAUGAACAACUGAAGGAAAGUUCUGGCCUCCUGGCCCAGGUGGUAAACGCCAUCCCCGUGCUCCUGCACAUCCCGGGGCUUGUCGACAAGAUAUUUCCUGCCCAGAGGGCCUUCAUGGCCCUGCUGAAUGAGCUGGUCGCCGAGCACAGGAUGACCCGGGACCCGGCCCAGCCUCCCCGAGACCUGACUGAUACCUUCUUGGACGAGGUAGAGAAGGCCAAGAGGAACCCCGAGACCAGCUUCAAUGAUGAGAACCUGCGCCUGGUGGUAGCUGAUCUGUUCUUUGCCGGGAUGGUGACCACCUCGACCACGCUGGCCUGGGCCCUCCUGCUCAUGAUCCUGCACCCGGAUGUGCAGCGCCGUGUCCAACAGGAGAUCGAUGAGGUGAUAGGGCAGGCGCGGCGACCAGAGAUGGGGGACCAGACCCACAUGCCCUUCACCAUGGCCGUGGUCCAUGAGGUGCAGCGCUUUGGGGACAUCAUCCCACUGGGCUUGCCCCACAUGACAUCCCGUGACAUUGAAGUGCAGGGCUUCCUCAUCCCCAAGGGGACGACGCUCUUCACCAACCUGUCAUCGGUGCUGAAGGACGAUACCGUCUGGAAGAAGCCCUUCCGCUUCCACCCCGAGCACUUCCUGGACGCCCAGGGCCGCUUCGUCAAGCAGGAGGCCUUCAUGCCCUUCUCAGCAGGUGCCUGUGGGGAGCCUGGCUCGCUGCCCCCUCCUGAGGGAGAUUUGAGACAUAGAGCCCAGGCCCCCAGGCUCACUGACCCCCAUACCCACCCACAGGCCGCCCGCUUCAGCUUCUCGGUGCCCGCUGGGCAGCCCCGCCCCAGCGACCACGGUGUAUAUGGUGUACUGGUGACCCCAUCUCCCUACCAGCUCUGUGCUGUGCCCCGCUAG